GAUCAGCUGAGAGAAACCGAAGGAACUAAAGCCAGCAGUUGCUGCACGUGUUUACGAUACAGUAAACGUAUACGCAGAGUUGUACUGUCAAUUUGACAAUUUGGAAUCUCAAACAUAACUUAUCAAAAUGCCGAAGGUUAAAGCUGAGAAAAAAUCUCGACAACACCAGGAGGUGAAGAGUCAAGGAAUUAUGUUCAAUACUGGUAUUGGUCAGCAUAUUUUAAAAAAUCCAUUGGUUGUCAACGGCAUCAUAGAGAAGGCAGCAUUGCGACCAACAGAUGUGGUUCUGGAAGUUGGUCCUGGAACUGGUAACAUGACUGUCAAACUUCUGGAGAAAGCCAAGAAAGUGGUUGCAUGUGAGUUGGACACCAGGCUUGUUGCUGAGCUUCAAAAACGAGUCCAGUGCACUCCAAUGCAAAACAAGCUUCAGAUCCUCAUAGGAGACGUCCUCAAGACAGAGCUCCCCUUUUUUGAUGUCUGCGUGGCUAACUUGCCAUAUCAGAUAUCAUCACCUUUCGUGUUCAAGCUGUUACUUCACAGGCCGUUUUUUAGGUGUGCUGUGCUGAUGUUUCAGAGGGAAUUUGCCAUGCGGUUGGUGGCUAAACCUGGGGACAAGCUAUACUGCAGGCUGUCCAUCAACACACAGCUCCUAGCCCGUGUGGACCACCUCAUGAAGGUGGGAAAGAAUAAUUUCAGACCACCUCCAAAAGUAGAGUCCAGCGUGGUGAGGAUAGAGCCCAAAAAUCCUCCACCGCCUAUCAACUUCCAGGAAUGGGAUGGUCUUGUCAGAAUUGCAUUUGUCCGUAAGAACAAAACACUCAGUGCUGCCUUCAAGUCUGCUGCGGUUGAACAGUUAUUGGAGAAUACAUGGUGGAAUCGAUAG